AUGCCCACACUCGGGCCGAUAGAGCUGGCCACGAUCGGCGGGGAAUCGGGGCCCAACAUGACGACGAGGCAGGUGCUGCUGUACGGCUUCACGAGUGACUCGUGGUCGCAGGGCCCGCCGCUGCCCGUGCCGCUCAACCACGCUAACGCCGUGGCCCACGCCGGCUACGCGCAGGUCGGGUCCAAGUUCUACGUGCUGGGCGGGCGGCAGGACGGCGCGACGGAGACCAGGGAUACCGUGUUCGUGCUCGACCUGCUCGACGUGGCUGCUGGGUGGACGACGGUAGCCGGCCGCAUGCCCACGCCGCGCGGCGGGCUGGCGGCUGCGGCGGUGGGGACAAAGACACGCAUUCUAAGCGAAUUCAAAUUCGCAAAUCCCGCGGAUCUUAGACUGAACACGUUUCUAACCUGUUGA